AUGGAGUACCACGCUGUCCCACCAGAGGAGCGCGCCAGAGACGAGAAGGGCAACCUUCUUCCUUGGGGAUAUGUCCAUAAAGACGAAACUCGCAAUCCUCGACGACCAGCCGAAGAGUCAGGUCCCUUUGGCAAGAGGCGAAAUGCCCGAUACGAUAAUGCCCGCUCACGAACACGAACUGGAACGCCAGCCAAGCGAGAAAAUGCCAAUGUCUCCGAGUUCUCGCGACUAUUCGCAAUGCAACAGCAGGACGAUGAGAAAACACAUGGCUUGCCCAAGUCAGCUUCAUCAAACAGCCUCGACAACCCACGCAAGCAGAAGGAGCUCGUCGCGACCGAGUGCAUACUAUACGGAUACAGGGAUAAGGAGCACGAGUGGAAAGUCAUCGAUAAAUACGAGCGCAUUUCCCAGGGCAUGAUCUGCGAAGACUACCCUCGUACCGACCCCAACGCCUCAAGCCAAUACACCCAGCUACUAAGCGGCGGCGACGUCGUGAUCCGAAACCUGUCCGCCGACGCCAACCGUAAAUCCAAGCGCUACGCCGGUGGCUACCACUGGAUCAAAGUCACCUACGACUCGACCGAUGCGGCAGAUCGCGCGUGCUUCUACUCGCCGCAGUUAAUCGACGGACAUGAUGUCUACUGUGAGCUCUACAAUGGCCACGGCCCGGCAGAGGAUGCCCCCAUCCCCGCAAACUCCGCUGCGAACACUCGACAGCAGCGCUCUGCGCGCACGUUGACCACCUCCCACUCAACUGCAUUCCUGUCCAAUCCCAGCAGAGAGCAGGAGCGCAUGACGUUGCCUCGCUCCUUUGCGAUGAACAACCUCUCCAGCGUCCCAGACGUCUCAGAAACAGAAGGUCAAUCCAACGACUCCUCCACCCUCGCCGACACAGACACCAUCACAUCCACCGCAACAUCUGCAACCGUAACCGCCACAUCAUCUUUCCAGCAAGGUGUGUCCAGUUCAUUUUCAACAUGGAACUCGGGCACCAGCGCCGAUCAGGGCGCAGUGAAUCGCCGUCAAACAGGUUCCACAACCGAGCAGCCUCCCGACAGUGAAUUCAUGACGCAUAUCCCCACCGUGCGCCGUACCAAACUACGCCCUCUUGCCGAGGCCCUUCCCCCACAACCUACGAUGACAGAGCGUGUCUUGCGCUCGAUUCCCAUUCUCAGUUGGUUCACGGGCGAUAUCGUUGGCGAGGGACCGAUACUUCGAGAGGACGGCCUGUUCGAUUGGGACACAUCAAGCUUGUAUUGGAGGUUUUGGUACACAUUUGAUUGUCUCUUGCAUACUGAUAUGUGUGGGUUGAAGGAGGAGAAUUGA